AUGAUACCCCGGUGUUGCCUCCGCAUCCUGGUCCUGAUAAGCCUCCCACUUCGUAAGGUAAUUCAGAUCCUGAUAAUGAGCAAAAGGAACCACAGACAGAGAAGGACGGUGCGGAAGAUAAAGAAGAUUGAGGAGCAACAGUUGAUUCCGGAUGGUUCUUUAGGUGUCGGCAACGACGGUAGCGUUGUCCAACCCCCAUCUCCGCCUUCAAACGGUCAGACUGGCGAGACCGGGAACAGCGACCCUUCUCCAGCUCCAGUCACCACACCUGCGCCUAAAUCUGACACAGAAAUUCAGCAUCUGGUAAGUAAUGACGUUGAAGGCCGCGGCGAAACCCAGUUGAGGCGCCUCAGAGCACCCCCUGCAGAAACAAACAAUGAGGUCUUGACUAUUGUGGUGUACUCAGCGUCCUGUGGCUUUGCGGGUGGAAUGAGAGCACUGCCAGUUUUGCUCCUCUCUGUGGCAACCUCACUGUUGCCGAUUUGGUAAAUGCGCUUGAGUGUGAAUGGAGGGAGAGUUAAGAGGAAUGUGGGAACUCAAGAAGACAUAAUUGGCUCUGUUUGUGAACCAGGGGCACACGGCACAGGGCGGGCGAACGUACUGUAGCAGUUGCGCUGUAGGCAUGCACUGCAAGUCGAUUUGUGCUUGAGACAACUGCGUGCCUGGUGGGCCAGCAUGAAAACAGCUUUCUAUGUCUUGUUGGACAAACACUGGAGAGAGGACAGACUGCAGGAAAACUGUCUCCAUCACAGAACGUUUUUUGCCGUUGAUCAAGAAAUGCAUCACGCGACUCCUCGUUGCGGUGGAACGUGAGGGCGAGCGUGACAGAGCAGGCAACGGCAGUUUUGCCGCUAUCCAAGGAUUCAAAGAGUCGCGGCGAUUGCCGUGCAGUGAGCAGUAUUACACAUUUCUCUCGUAUACAUGCACUCUUGCAGCAAGUUCCGAGUUCUGCCUGAAAUGAACGCGAUCGGAGAGCUGAAAGUCGCCGACGCCACCUGUCGGAAACUGCGACGUACCUCUCUCGACAUAUUCCAGGCUGACAAGUGGUAAUG